CUCCUUUCCACCUAGGCAACACACCGAGGCGAGCGACCCGAGGGCCAGCAUGUCGGACACGCGACCGGAAAAGUGGUGCCGCCGCCGUGACUGCCGUCCAGUGAAAUAAUCCACCCUCCGCAAUGAAGCAACCCACCCUCGCGCUGCUGCUGCUGCUUCUGGCGGCCGCAACCGCCGCCGCCGCCGCCUCCAAGCCGGCCUCCAAGCGCGACUGGCUCGCUGAUUUGCGGACCGACGAGGCGGCCGCCGCCGCGUGGCACAAGCGGAGCGACGAGCAGCAGCAGGCCGACCACCUGAUCGCCUCCCUGGGCACCGGAAACUCCCAGUUCCUGCUGCGAUCGCCCAGGGGCAACCGCCAGUACGACGUGCCCCAGAUAGAGUGUCCGCCUGCCGAGGACGGCAUGGAGCGGUUCGCGUGUCCCACGCCGGACAGGAUGGGCCGCUACCGCUGCAUCGAUGACCACGUGCUUUGCGACGGCUUCAUCGACUGUCCCAACGGCGAGGAUGAAGACCGUCAGGCCUGCAUGUUCUACAAGACUACGAAAGCGCACCUGGACGUGCUGGCAGACGCCCUGCUCCGAUGGGCGCGGGGCCGCUAGACGCGGAGCCCGUGUCCCCAGUCCCCACAUGAGCUUCGACUCAGCCCGCAACUCCUUGACCGGCGUGACCAGCCCGCAUGCGCCCUAGUUCCGUGUCGCUCCUGUCUCUCGCGAGCGGCCGCCCCGGCGGCCGCCAGCCUCACAGCGGCCGCUGCAGUGGCCGCCCCUCGAUGUUGGUCCGUAGGUGUUAGUCGUCGAUGUGUCUGUCUUGGUGUAGCCGCCGCCGCCGCCGCACGCCGGGCACGCAAGGCUGGACCGCCCCGCCCGCCGCGGCCGACGGCCAGUGGCCUGCAAGACCGGUCGGGUGAUGAGCGCUCCGACACCGCCGCGUCAUCCUCUGAGCCUCCGACCAGUGCUUGACGCGCCACUGGUGGCCGCGUGCGGGCACGCGGGUUGCGCGUCCGGCGCCCACGCAUUUAGCACGGCGCGCGCCCAAACGUCGACCUUUCUUUUAAACUUAUAAAAAUAAAUUUACUCGUGUGCGGGGGCCUCCGCCGCCGAUGCCGCCACGUUCUUUCGGACGCCGCACGCCUGCCGACCGGGACGCCGCUCGUUGCACUCUCUCGAUCUCUUUCUCCCUCCUUCGCACUUCGACGCGUGCAUCCCGCUCGGCAACGCGUGAGUCAAACGGAGCCGGCGGCGCGACGCGGUGGCUCCCGGCCGAUUAAUCUGUCUCAGGGUUUUGCACCCGCAGCAAUAAAGACGACUUUGGUUCGUUGGUUCGUUCGCACCCUAACUGCACCGGUGUCGGCGGCCGUAGCGCCGCCGACCAGCACUGCAAUACAAUGUGAUACAUUCCUGCCACUCGAUAUUAUGCACUGCGCGCACUCUCAAUAAUGCAAACGCUUAUUAAGUAACAAAAAAAAGGAAAGGAAAAAAUCAUGUAACCAAAAAAAUAAUAAAAAUAAUUUGAGACGAGCAAAAAGUAAACUCAACUAACCAGGCCUAGGCUCCCGUUGUGAUAGAUGUGUUUCGUGUGGUAGCGCGCGAGUCGCGCCCGCCGCAAGGAGUUGCCCCCCAGUUGCCCCUGCGCGGACUCUUUUUACGUGUGCGUGGCGAUGCGUGCGUGCGUUGCCGGCCGCCCCCCGGCCGUGUGCCCCCGUUCCCCGCGGGCCCCCGCGGGGGCUGUCGCGCGCCCCUCGGCGCGGAGUGCGUGUGUGUUUUUUGGACGUGAGCGCGUGCGUCACGAUGCGGCACUACUACCCGUAAGAGCGCGCAUGCGCGCGCAUCUGACACUAACAAAAACUAUGCGAUGAUAUGAAAAACUACUACUUGACCGACCGACCUCUCUCGCUCGGCGCGUGCGCGCAGUUUGUUAAAAAAAGGAAAUGAAAAAAUUGAAGAAAAUAAAAAGAAAAAUAAGCAAAAAUACAAUGAAGAAGAACAACACUAGUAAUAAUGCCUCAGCCAGUAUCAUCUCUAUGAAUAUGAAAAUAUAUAUUGUAUUCAUUCAAAUAAAAGUAUAUACAUUAAAAACAUAUAUUAUAUGCGAAUAAAUUAUGAAAAUAUAUAUUAUACGUGUAGAUUUUUGGUUGUUUGAAAAAUAAAGACACGACACGACACACAUAUAUUUAAAAAUAA